GAGAGACACUUGAGGACCAGCCAUGUCAGAGCCAGCAAAAUACAACAUUAACCUGUGUCAUAAUCAAGACAUUACCACUGUCAAGGUACCUUUUAAACUGUGCUUUUAAAGGAAUGUGAUAACAUCCCAGAUUAUUAUUACUAAACAAAAUGUUUAGGGACGUUACAGAUGAUAUAAAGAAGAUGCAAAGUGUUUAGCUUGACCACACAGGUUUAUCGACAUUUAACUUGUUUUAACCUUACCAGGAUCAAUAAUUCAUUUCCUUCAACUCAUUAUAAAAUUAAAGAAAUGAUUAUGCCUACUUUUUUCUACUAGUUGAUAAUUUAUUUUUAGCGAACAUUGGCAUAUAUUUGUAACUUUAUGUCUCCCAUAGACUUCUUUCCAUCAGAUCUAAGAACCUUGCAGUUAUACAUUAGCAUUCUCCCAUUAAAGCCAACAUAGGGAAACACAUAGGUUAACAAUAUCGGUAAACAUAAUAAUAUUCUACUUAUUUUAAAAAAAAGUUAAAUAUAAAUAUUUUCCUUCUUCAACUAGGCUGAUGUUCUUGUAAGUUCCAUUCACAGAAGUAAGAAUUUGCAAAGAGGAACACUGGCAACUUACAUUCACAAGAAUGCUGGACCUGAAGUCCAGAGCUCACUAUACAUGGUAACUUGUGGAUAAAUUAGUUCUUGAAGAUAUGUUGGUUUUAAAAAGGGGUAAUGUUUGUUAGAAAUUGAGUUUUAAAAAAAAAAAAAUUGGCUUCAUCUGAUUUUAAUGAAUCACAGAAUAAAGAAUUAGGUUUAGAUGAAGUGCGAAUAAGAAACUUAAAAAAAAAAAUCAAGUGAAUGAGAUUGACUUUAAAAACUGCUAGACACACUUUGUGUUGUUGUUUUUUUCUCUCAAUAUCAGAAAUAAACUUUGUAACUAUAUUAAUAUAAUGAAGGGUUGUGUGAUCUAAGCCGUGAACAUUAUCUUUUAAAGCAGGAACACAGUGAGCUUGUUUUUGGCCAGAUAGUCACAACCCCGCCAGGUAGACUGUCCAGAAACUUUAAAUGUCUCCUGUUUGUCUGCUUAUAUGAAUGGAGAGAUGGAAAUGAAGAGGUCAGUGGAUGAAUCUUUCAACAUGUUUCUCAUCAGUUAUAUAGCACCAUUUUCUUAAUAUCAUUAAAUCUAAACAGCACAAGUCAAAGAAGCCAAACUUUGCGUGACGAUCAAGUUAACACUGUGCCUAAUUUGACAUUGACUUCUGCAAGUUUAAUUUAAAUUUAAUAUUUUAGUUUUAAUUAACCUUUUGUUUGCUGUAAAGAUGAGUCACAAGGGAGGAAAAAAAAUGGAAUUUAUCAAUUUUACAUCAGCAACAGCUUACAUUUUAAAAAAAUAUUUCUACUUGUUUUUUUCCUCCAACAGAUGCUUCAAGCUAGUGUUUUCAGUUGCUUGGAUAUUGCAUCAAAUAACAAGCACAAAAGUAUUGCCUUCCCAGCUCUUGGAAUGGGGGGCCUGAAGUAUCCACCUGUUAAGUCAACUUUGGCCAUUUUGAAAGCAAUCAACCUCUAUUUCAGAGACUGUGAGCAGACGUCAUUGGAAAAUGUCUAUAUUUGCCUGCAGGACAAGAAUAGCAGCUCUGUAAAAGUAUGUGUAGUUUUAAAAUGAAAAUGUAGUGAUGCGUUUUAAAAGGUAGCACAAUAUAAUUAUGAUGAGGAAAAAAUUAUUUACAAAGCCUCAUUGAACUCAUUGCAUCGAUUCAUUAUCUAAAAUGUUAGUAUGCACCAACCAUCAAUGUAAAUGAUAAAAGUUCACCAGCUGUUACAGGAUGUUAAAUAAGGUCUGGUAUCUGGUAGAAGAUGAUAAAAAAGGUGUUGUAGCUGGUACAAGGGGAUAAAUGUUUAUUAGCUGGUACAAGAUGAUAAAUAAGGUGUGAUAGCUGGUAGAGUUUUUUUUUUUAAAGCUCCUGGAAAUAUGUUUCUGUUCUCUGUACUGGAUGAGUCACUGUGUUAUCGACAUGGUAGAAGUGGUUCAAUACAGUUUGAGAAACACUGAUAUAAAUUACUAAAUUACUAUAUGACAAAUUGUUAUAUAGAGCUUGUUUACAUAAUUUUUCUCGUGCGUGCCCUCUGAUUGACCCCGCAUGAGACGCUGUGUUCACAGAGGGGUGUGGCUUAGUCGUUUGAUCUGUCCUGUUUAUGCCGACAGCCACUAAAAAUAAUUAAUCUGUUCUAAAUAGUAUUUUGUAGAAUGAAUGUGAUUGUUCUAGAAACGUCAUAAGUCUUUCUGGAAGGCAGGGCUUACGCGACCUAUAUAAGGGAUUGACAGGCACGGAUGAAGGGACGGAGAUUCAGAUAGAUAUUAUUAACUUUACGAGGCGUGUAUUAUUCCUUGUGUAUUUGUGUGCUCAUACUCAUAUGUGUUUAUUUCGCACUUCAUCAUUAUUCUUUGGCACAUUAUUCUAACUGUAUUAACUGUGUACCGGUACAAGAUCUACCAUACUGUAAGUUGAAGAUUGUCAUUAUAUUUUAUUUUCUUUUGUAAUUAUAUUAAGACUUAAUAAAUCUUAUUAAUUGUAACUAGAAACUGCUUUGGGUGUUGUAUCUUUAAUAUUGUUGAUUCUAUGGUAUCGUCCUUUGUUAGGCACUGUUUACAACGAGCCAAUUAAAAUUAAAAUAGGAGAUUAAUUUCUCCCAAUACAAGUCAGUGCGUAACACAAAUAAAGUUAAAAUGACUACAAAAGAAAAAAAAAAAAAAGACUUUAAAAAAAUGGGACCAUUAGUGAAUUGUUUCUAAACUUAACUUACAAUGCUUACACCUGUUUUGACAACACUGUCAUUUUUCUUUCCAGACAUUUAUGGAUGUAACCACUGGUUACCUGGAAAGUCUACAUGUAAAUUUAGGAAGUAAAUCAGGAGGGCCAGAACUGAACAUAAAAGGUCAUCAGCAAUUUGCUAAUACACUUAGUGGAGACAUCUCAAGGCAAAGCAAGACCACAAUACAUAAUACCUCACCAGCUUCUGGUAAGAGUAAUUUCCCUUCUAUAACCAUAAUUGCUAGUUAAGUUAAGAUGUACAAUUAUUUUCACAAUAUUUGUACAGUUUGUAAAUUUUUUCAUGGGACUAAAAUAAUAACUCCCAUUUCACUCUUCCCCCCCCCCCCCAAAAAAAAAAAAACCCCAUUUCACCCUUCCCCCCCCCCCCCAAAAAAAAAACAGCAAACACCCGAGUUGUCAUCUCAUUAAAAUAAAAUUUAAAAUUAAGGAAAAUUAUUCUGAUCUCAACAAUUUUUAACAUAUUUUGUUAUGGACACAUUUUAAAAUAAACUUGUUGAAAAUAUUAAGCAAAAAAAAUUUAUCUGUGACUGUUUCCAAAAUAAUGCAUCUAAUAUUAUAUGUCAUGACGAGUCGUAAUCAUAUUUUAUAACUUAGUCCAUUGUUUAUUAUUUUUGUGUAUGUUGAUUUUCACCUGAUUAUGUUCACAUAAAUUUAAAGCAAUCAAGAAGACAUAUAAACAUUUAGUUUACCCUUUUUUCCCCCCUUCCGAAAAGAAUUUUUAACUAUGUCUCAUUUUUUAUUUAUGGACAUCCUAAAGCUUUUACGGACAAGUCAAUUUUAGGACAAAUGUUUACUGACUGUCUGUAAACCUAUGUACGGUUGUCAACCCAAAACCCCCCCCCCCUCCCCCCCUGUCUGUAGCUUAGCCAAUAGUGAAGCCACUCCCCAUGAAUUGGGUGUUUCAAGGAUAUUAAAAAAAAAGGCAGAUUUUCGAUUAAAAAAAAACCCCACCUUUUUUUAAAUUAAGAAAAAAUAUUUUUCAUGGGUUUAAUUACGGAAAGAAAAAAAAGCGAAAAUACCUAAGAUGAUUUUAAGCAGCAUUAAGAAAAUCUAAAAACCUGUCUCCACCGGUUGUCUUGUCCCAUAAAUAUCAUGCAGAUCCAAAGUGAAUGGUGGAGAUAAUAAAUACCCAAUACAGGAUGGUUUUUAUUGCAUGAAGGUACGCUGCCUAUCCAACUAUUAAAAUGUGUGACAGUAAAAACAGCUGCCUAUUGAAGUGAAAAUAACGCAGAGAUCCAACAAUGCAGUAACAAUGUACCCGGUAUCCAACAAUGCAGUUACAAUGUAUCCAACAAUGCAGUAACAAUUUACUAAAUGAUAACUGUCAUGAAAUUUACCAUAUAAAAAAAAAAAUUCCCCAGACCCCUCCCUGUCUUUCAUUAUCUGACAUUGAUCAAAAUUUCCCCCUCACCCCACCCAAAAAAAAAACCAAACUAAGAUUGGAAGCAACUGCUUCCUUUCCCCCCAUGUCUAGAUGUCACUGCCCGAACUCUUCCUUUUCUCUUAAACUUAUUUAAUCAUAUUUUUUAUCCACAAACCGUUCAAAAUUUCCAUUCAUUAUUUCCAUUGUGUGCUGGAAAAUUACAUGAAAGGAUUUGUCACAAAUUUUAAUAAAUGUAAGUGAUCUUCAUUUUGAACUGUUACAAUAUUAUUAAGUUCAUUUUAUGAAUCUCCUUGAAUGCAAAAAUAAAAUAAUACUGAAUUUCCCCCUAAUGCUCUAAUAUUUGCAGGAGCGGGAUCCAUACAAGCAGCUUCCAUGUUUCCAUCACUGAUACAAAAGUGCAAAUCAGGGAAAGACGUGGCAGCAUUGUUUACUAUUCAAGGGAACAAGAAUUCAGUUAUAUACUGGAACAUAGGACCGACCUUUAACCCAACCCAGAAUACAGUGGGUGUUAAAGCUGAGGUCAGUUUGCAUAUCCCAAAAAUGUUCACAGCCUUUUUUGGUCGCAGAUGAACUUCAAAUUUGAACCCAACUGAAGCUUGUUUAACUCUUUACCAGCAGCAUGCAAAAUAUAUCGGCUUAGCAAAAGGUAUUCAUUUUGUAACACCCCAAAUCAAUUCUUGUUUUUGUCUCACUUAAAAUUUAUAUGAAACUUGAACUUCUGGGGAACAAAAGUAGGAGUUACAUAAACAUAAUGGAUAAAUAAAUACUAGUAUAAAUUAUAGAUAAUUGUAACAUUUUUAUAAUCACUCUUUUUUUCAUUCACUAAGAACUAAAUAAAACUUGCC